AUGACCUCGACCUCUUCCUCCUCCUGGGACCUUCAAGGCAUCCUAAAUCCCACUUCGCGCGACCCAAAAAUGUCCGCGCUCGACUAUCCACCACAUGACGCCCACCACUUCGACAACCCAGAAGGCCAUCCUUUUGACUCUAAUUACCGCACCAACUCCUCUUCUUCAUCGUCCCUCGCUCCUCCUCGCUAUGUCGACCAAAUUUAUCCUCCAUCGUUCCCAGACGCGUCCUACCAAUCGAGUAAUGGUACCUACCCCGACCUGGGGUCACUUCCCAGCUACAACAGUGGCAAGGUUUCUCCAUUGACGCCUUCAUUCAAGGACUACCCUCCCAACUAUCCCGAUCUUGGUUCUGACCGCCGCCUUGGUUCCAACAAUUACCAAGCCGACUUUCCCGACGAGUAUAUGCCGUUUGCAGGGUCACAAUUCCCUGACAGACUCCCUCCACGUUUCCCUCCCGACCAUCGCUUUAAUCCGGCCCCGCCACCAAUGCACGGCUCUGACAUGGUUGGUGUGGCUCCCAAUGCCAUUCGCGGUGACUUCAGGCAGCCGCCAUACGACGAUAUGCCACACUAUAUGUCAAACCCUGAGCUGAAUGGUGCCCGUGCCAUCGACGACACCCUUCGCCAAAUGAACCUACAACCCCGACCUAUGGGUGGCUCUGGUGAUAUCCUCACUUUCAUUCGGCAUGCCGUCUUCCAUCAUUUCUUUAUUCAAACUAAUUGUUGGUCAGACCAUAUCUCGAACAAUAUGUUCGGACCCCCAACCGACUCGCCUUUGGCGAGCGGACCCUCAUCGUCAUGUCUAGUAAGGUUGCCCAGAAAUCGUAUGGUACGGAAAAACGUGACCAGAUUCCUUUGUCCACCGCCGACCGCUAUCAUGAUCGGCAACUCGUGGUGGAACGAGGUCAUUCGUCGCGGGGACGAGCCAAAAUUAUGUCCUCCUCGAGUUCUCAUCUCCAUCUCUGGGGAGCCAGCACCGCAAGAAGGCUCUAUUGAAUGGACCAGUGCAUCUGGGAAAUCUUUUGAUAUCUCAGAUCCUCCUACUGGAACGACCUAUACUGGUCGAUGUGUUGGCAAGCAGCUCUUCAUCUCCGACGUCGACGAGAAGAAGAAAAAGGUGGAAGCGCUGGUGAGGAUUACCGCACCAGCCACGGACGAAGAACCUGAGAGGGUCAUUGGCACGUUCCCAAGCCGACCCAUCAAGGUCAUCAGCAAGCCUAGCAAAAAACGUCAAAGUGCCAAGAAUCUCGAACUUUGCAUCAAUCAUGGGUCAACAAUCUCUCUCUUCCACCGUCUGCGUUCACAAACGGUGUCGACCAAGUACCUCUGCGUGUCUGGCUCAGGUUCAUCCUUCAAGGGUUCCGAUGGAGCCCCUUUAACUGGUCUCGACCACCGCACACGGACCAACACCCCUUCCUUCAUUGCCCGGACCGCCAGUUGGGAUCCGUUCGUAAUGUACAUCGUGGACAUCAACAAACCGGCGGGCGGUAUCGAUGCCCCACCGCCUCCACCUCCACAAUUAGAUUACCCCUCACCCCCACCCAACGCUGUCCCCUUCGCAAACAAUGGGUCUCAAAUCCCCAUCUACUACAAUCAGACUGUGGUCUUACAAUGCCUUACAUCUGGCGUUGUCAGCCCAGUCCUGAUUAUUCGUAAGGUUGACCACCAAACUACUGUUGUUGGUGGUGGCCUAGUGGAAGGCGCCAAAGGAGUUGCCGACCAUUAUUGUGCGCCGGGAGAAGUUUGUGGAGACCCGGUUUCCCAGCUUCACAAAAUUGCCUUCGAGGUUUAUGAUCCCGCUCGGGGAAUGCCUGAGCCCGGUACUCCGGGUACUUCGGGGGCCUUCUUGUCUUGCAUGGGCGAGAAGGUCAACACUUACCGCCCUAUCGAUGGGCGACAAUGGAAUGGUAUUUCGAAUGGCACGAACUCACCUCCCAUGCCCGCCUCGCCAUUGUCGUCCGGACCUGCUUCGGCGGCUGGCAGCGAGUAUUUCCCUCACUCAGCCACCGGGAGCAGCGCCCCUACUUCACCUUCCGCGUCACCUGACUUCUUGUCCAAUGAUGGCGGGCGAGUGAAGAAGAAGCGUGGCUCGACGAGUGCUGGCGGCAUCAGUCCCAUCAACAAGAACGGACCGAAAGGUCGCCGUCGCCCGAGUUCUGCUGGAUCAGUCACUUCAACGAGACGUGGGUCUUCCAGUGAUGGCGGUGCGUCAUCAGGAGCACUUUGGCAAGUCGAUAUUGGGGAGACAAGCGUGUGGACGAUCGUUGGAACCGACCAAGUUCGGUACAACUUCUAUAUCCCACCGGUGCUGCUCGACAGCCAAAGCGCCUCAGGGUCAUAUGCUGUUCCAUCGAAGCCUAUUACCCCAUUCCCUGCUCUUGUCAAGUAUCUUCCCCCAGAUCGGGCAGCAGAGGCACCCAAACACCACAAUGCCGGAGCCAGAAAUGUUUUGACCAAGCCAAACCCUCAUGCGUCAAAACUGCUCACUGUGUAUGGGGAAAACUUCUCAAAGACAGACCCAGUGUCUGUUUUCUUCGGUGCUGAUCCUUCACCAUAUGUGGAGAUUCGGUGCAACGAGGUAUUGGGCUGUCUUCCGCCUGAACAAGGCUCGCAAAAACGACGACCCCUGAUCCUCAUCCGUUCCGACGGUGUUGUUUUCCCCUCGAACGUCUACUAUCCUUAA